AUGGCGAGCCUUCCCAAAGAGCCCCGAGAGGAUGCCAGGAAACAGAGCUUCUGGAUGGUGAGGAUUAUUAAAAAGUAACGCCUGAGAGAAAAAACUCCACUCCUGUUUGUGAAUGUGUAAGUUACCACCUUCGACUUCACCAUCUUUUUCCUCCUUCCAGCCAGGGAAUUAUGUGCGCACGGUGCACCGGACCGAGCAGUCCUACCAGGCCUGUAAUGACAUUGUGGCCUGUUUCAUGGAGAGAGCAAAAGUGGAGAAACAGUACGCCCAGCAGCUCAGCCAGUGGAGCAGCAAGUGGAAGUCCAUUGUGGAUUCCCGUAAGUCUGAGAAACAGAGAACAUGCAUUCCCAGACCUUUCUCAUCAUGUCAGCUUUCAUCAAGUUAAAAUCACAGCUUGAUUCCUCGGGGCUGCACAUGUAUUUAUUUGAAACUUUCCAGCAGACAAAUGGAGAUCAUUAUUUCUCGAUUGGUUCCAUGACUAACCUCUGCGUCCUCUGUCAGGUUAUUCCUCACUCCUUUUUUUUCUACUCUGCCAGGGCCGCUCUAUGGCUCCCUCAUGAAGGCCUGGCAGUGUUUCUUCUCCUCCACCGAGCGUCUCUCUGCCCUCCACACCUCCAUAUCCCAGUCGCUGGUCACAGAGGAAGGGGAGCGGGUGAAGACAUGGCAGAAGGAGAUAUUCCCAAAAAAAAUCUUCUGUGGGUUCAAGGAGAGCUACGACAACAAUACCAGCUUCUCUAAAGCACAGAAACCCUGGUCCAAAAAGAUCACGAAGGUCAUUUGUCAUUAAGACUCUUGUGUGUGCGUGUUUGUGUGUAAUGUGUGUUUGCAUACUGCCUAAACUGGAUAAAAACCAGUGAUGGAGGUUAAGAUUAAAUGGUCACGCAAUGCCCACUUGCUAGUUUUGCUUUCAACUGGGCAUCAGCAUCAAAUGGAGUUUAAUUAUUCCAACUCGAAUUGCUUAUAAGUAUCAUGAGUUUAUACUAACCAUUAACACUGGUGCCAACAGCACUGAUGCACAAAAAUUUCGCUAUAUCGAAAGGUGACAUGGAUGCAUUGUUUUUGCACGGGGCUUUGAUUACCUUCCCCUUGGGAUUUUCCAUUUUUUAAUAAUUAAUAUUGUUGAAAUAGUUGCAGGUGAAAUGGACCAGACUUAUUUUUGUGGUCUGAUUUAAUUUGAUUUGUUUUAAGGUGUGAGAUCAGGUUGUCCUUGGAAACAUACUGAUGUCAAGAAUGUUGCUAUGGUAUUAACCAAUCAGAAUCGAGUAUCCAAUAGAGCUGUGAUAAGACAUGUUGAUGAGAGCUUCAAACUUUGUGGGGAUCAUUAACCACAAAUUGGCAUUUUAAGUUACAGCUUAAUGUAUUUUGAAAAACCAGAUGCCAUGUUUUCAUUCAUGCUGGUAAAAUGUGAUUCUGAAUCGUGCAGCAUGUCAUAGUGGGAUGCUUGAGCUGUUUGCAUUACAGAUAAUUUUGAUUUUGCAGCAAAACCCUUUUUUGUCUCACUCAAAUAACAAGUAGUCUUUUAAAAUACUUGACAACUUCAAGAAACUAGUAGUCCUGAAAUUCUUUGAAGGAGUUCUGUUUAUCUUUGCACAGAACCAGACUAGCUGUUUUACCCAGUUUACAGUAUUUUAGCCAGACUAAUUUAAUUGUAUUGUAAGAGCAAUUUGUUGUAUUUUCUUUAGGGUUUGUGUUUUGAAACUUAUUUCCUUUGUAUUGUCCUGGUGCCACACCAGGUGGCGUGAAGUCCUGUAUUUUGUUCGCUAUAAAUAGAAGAAGAUACAAUUAGUGGCAGGCGUGUUGGUAGCUGGAGAAGCAAACAGUAUUUUGACCAUCAUUAUCGUCAUCAUCGUCAUUAACAUCAACGUUGUUGCCAUUUGUUUGAAAUUGCCUUUGUCUUUAUUUUGCAUUUGGUUUCUUUAACAAAAGAAGAAGAAUAAACAAAGACAAUGCGACUUGGACGAACUGUUUAAUUUACACUGAGAAACACAAAGCCACAGAGGAUACGUCAACUGUAUACCUGGCGAUAGUACACCUCAGUGGCUCUCAGGAUAAUUUCAGCAGGAAAAAUUAUGUAAAUUACAUUUAUAUUUAGGCCUUUAUUUAUUUUAAAUCUAAUGCACAAUUAGAGAAAAGAGGAAUGAAUCUUGGUAGGACAAUCACAAAUAUUUUCUUAAUUUAAUCAAUUUUUACUUGAAGUGAAUAAAAGAUUUGUUUGGAUGUUUAUUCAACAGCUGGAGAAGGCCCGUGUUGCAUACCACAAGUGCUGUCAAAGGGAGGCAACAGCCCUGGAGAAAGAGAAACAAGCAAAUGAAAACGCUGAGAUGAGCCCGGAGAAGAAGCAGAAAUUCACAGAUACCAGAGAGAAGAUCACAGAGGAGAAGGAAAAGGUGAGGAGGGGUGUCAGCACACUGCAGCAUUUCACUCUGAGUCAUACAUGCAUAAUAACUGUGUCAUUCACAAGUCCUAAUUCACAACAUGCUGUAAUGUGAAACAUGUUAUCCCCUAAAGUUAGUUUGUCUCACUUUGCAUGUCAUGAUAUUUAUCCACUGGAGGAAUUAUCAGCUCUAAACACAAACCCUAGCCUUAAAUUUCUGCUCCAAGCAUUUCCUUGUAUGGAGAAGUGUUAUUGUUUCCUCCUCUCAGUGUUUAUGGAGCCCAGCCUGGGAACACUAAGAAGCACCACAUGAUUUAAACGCUCUGGAUCUUCCACAAUAAAACUUACAAAGUGGAUGUUUUCACUGAGGGGAGGAUAGAGCUGUGUCUUUUGAAUUAAAAUACGUAUCUCCCUCCAGUGUAGAGAGCACUAUGAGAAAGUGCUGGAAGAUGUGACAUCCUACACCCCUCGCUACAUGGAGGAGAUGGAAGCCAUCUUUGAGCAGUCUCAGGAGGAGGAGAGGAAGAGGAUCAGCUUCCUGAAGCAGGCCUUCCUCUCCAUCCACAGACAUCUUGAUGUCACUAACAACGAGAGGUGAGGAAAUGUCGAAAAAACAUGUUUAUAGUCAGGUCCAAAAAACUGCUUUGGUCUCUUCAUCUCAUUUCUUUGUUUGCAAUAAUUGUGCAAGGGAAAUUCAUUUAUAACCCAUCCAUUCUUUUGAUCAAGCCAGAUUUUAAAGCAUGAUUUGGAGUAUUUAGGAGAAUGGCUUAUUUGACUGAGAGUUGAGUGAGUUGUGGCUGUUAACUAUAGGCUGCAAGAAAUUAAUAGUAGUCCAACAGAAUUUGGAGUCUGCCUUUCUCAAACAGAGACCGCUAUCUUUGGGCUUUUUGACACCUACAGAGAGCAGUGGACGAUGUCACCAGAACCUUGUCCAUGUUCUGUUCAGUCGUUUGUCCUUUACAAAGAGGUUGAAAUCUUCAUCGAAUAAAAUCAUUGCUCAUAUUUUACAAGUUCUAAACAUGCAAAUUUGGGGGGGGGGGGGGAACUGUCCUUUGACACACAAAGUAGCUCAGGAGGUUGGCAGUAGCUCAGGAGGUAGAGCCGUCAUCCAAUAACCGGAAGGCUGGUGGUACGAUUUCCCUUAUCCCUAGUCUGUCAGUUGUGUACCUGGGCAAGACACUAAACCUUCCUUGCUCCCAGUGUGUGUCCUCCACUGGUGUAUGACUCUAAGUGUUGUGUGGUGGUGGUCGGAGAGGCCGUAGGCGCAAACUGACAGCCAUGUUUCUGUCAGUCUGCCUCAGGACAGCUGUGACUACUAAGGUAGUUUAUCACCACCAAGGUGUGACUGUGUGCGCAAAUGAAUGAUGUAUCCAAUGUAAAGUGCUUUGAGGGUCUUCGAUAAAGCGCUAUAAAAUCUGAUGCAUUAUUUACAAAUCUUGGCUUACUCAAAGUCUGGAUUCACAUCGGCUACUUGUCCUGAUAUGGCAGGCAGCAGCCAUAUCAGAAGUAGGACUAGGACUGUGGUAACCUGGACUAGACUCUUACAGGCAUUAAUACAUCAUAAGUCCACUGUGGUAAUCUUCAGCUGCCAUUAGUAAGAUACGAGGUAAUGAAGGUAAGAAGGUAAGUUUAGGUCUUGAUUGAUAUGUAUGAUGUGGGUAGUUGUGUUUGAUAGUAUCAUAAACCAGCUGUGUGUCUUUGUGUCAGUGUUAAGGCUGUGUACAGUGAGCUUCAUCAAACUCUGAUGGCCAUCAGUGAGCAGGAUGAUGUGAAAUGGUGGAAGAACAACCAUGGCCCAGGCAUGCCAACGGAUUGGCCAAAGGUUGAGGUGAGUGACAAGGUCUUCUCCAAUAAAAAACACACACAAUUAAGACUAUUGAACUAAAUUCAAACAAUAGAUACAAGCCCAUUGUAAAAAAGCCACACAAAAAUGUGUAUUUCCAUGGUCUUACAAACCUUUUAUGCUUUCUAUGUCUUCCCUCAGGAAUGGGUCCCACCAGUUAAAAAGCUGAAUAGAAAGAAGAGGGACAAGAAAAGAAAAGACAGUCGGCCGUAAAUAAUUUCAUAUCAAGAAAAUUCUAGUUAAAUCAGUAUCUUUUUUUUUUUUCAAUAUUCAAACACCCAUGUUUUUUUCUUGUCAGUGUGAUGAUUGGGGGAGUGAAGGUGCGAGCUCUGUACGAUUACGUGGGAGAGGAAGGAGAUGAGCUGUCCUUUAAAGCAGGUAACACAUCCAAGUAUGAUGUUAUGAAAACUGGUUAAAGCUACAACAGCCAAACUUCGACAUAAAACCAGCCUUUGUAUGAGCUGACAUCUGUGUAGGAAGACAGAAAUACUCAGUAUUAAUCAUUUCCUUAGAGGUAUUGACAGACAUACUGUACAUAUACAUUUAUAUACUGUAACUGUGCUGUGGACAGUUUACUGAUGACUUCUGGGUAUUGUUGUUUAAAAAAGGUGUUGUUCAUCAUUUUAUUAUCUAUAUUGGCACUGGAUGAUUGGUGGCUUGAUGAAUAUUACAGUGUUUCGUGAUACAAAUGUUAAAAUAUAUGAUUGUAAACUAAAUUAAUGUUGCCUUAUAAGUUUGUCUGUAGCUUAGCCUGGGAAGGUUCUGGUUUGUUGGAUCAGGAUCAUAGUUAUUGAAGAUGUUGUACUUUACCAGACUCUUAUUCUCUUCAACUGUGACAAAUUUUAUGUCUUUCAGGUGAAGUGUUUUUAAAAGUGGAGGAGGAGGAUGACCAGGGUUGGUGUCGAGGUGUCCUAAGUGAAGGGAAGGAGGGCUACUACCCAGCAAACUACGUUGAAGUUGCUGAGUGA